AUGGAUCACGUCCUUCAUGACAGCCAUGAGAAGACAGAAUACAUCGCCGGAAGAACAAAGCGCGCACUUCUGCCAAGCCCUCGCCGAACACUUGCGCGGCGAUGCCCUAACAUGGUUCAGCAACCUCUGGGCCGACUCCAUCGACAGCUUCGACGAUCUGGCAGCCGCUUCCUAAAGCAACACCUCCGUUUCGCACUAGACGACCUCGUCUUUUGCAAAACCGAUGAUGAUACGAUCUAUGGUCUCGGCAAAUUCGGCUUCCGACUGGGAAGGACCAUUCCGCAUCGCGAAAGUCGUCAAACCAGGAGUCUAUCAGCUAGAAGACAACCUAGGCAUCACGUCCGAUCGCCUCUGGAGCUCGUCGGAUCUGCGCAAGUUCCAUGA